AUGAAUGAAGGCAAUUUUGCCCGAGCAGCAGCGCUAAAACUUAUUCUCUGUUGGGAAGACGAUUUUCUCUCAUGGAACGAGUCAGCCUAUGGAGGUAUUGGUAAUAUGGUUGUACCACAAGAAAAGGUAUGGAGGCCGGACAUUGUCGUAGGGAACUCAGUGGAAAACAGGCGUCGUCGAAUCUUUUACGUUUUAAACAUCAUACUACCCGUUCUAUUCUUGUCUUUUAUGGGAGCUUUGGUUUUUAUGUUGCCUGCUGACGCUGGCGAGAAAAUAUCUCUAGCUAUAACCAUUUUGUUGGCUUACAUCGUUUUCUUGACCAUUGUAAGUGAAAGCAUGCCACAGACGUCGUUACAGGUUUCCAUAUUGGCGGUUUAUUUAACAGUCCUUGUUGCUAUGAGUGCAUUAUCCGUGGUAUUGUCUAUCCUUAUUCUGAGAAUUUAUUAUAAAGAUCCUAAUACUCCUGUCCCUGGAUACAUUCAAUCGAUGCAUUAG